GUGAAUGACGUCAACUUUGAGAACAUGAGCAAUGACGAUGCCGUCCGGGUCCUGAGGGAGAUCGUGUCCAAGCCGGGCCCCAUCAGCCUCACGGUGGCCAAGUGCUGGGACCCCACCCCCAGGAGCUACUUCACCAUCCCCCGGGCUGACCCGGUGCGGCCCAUCGACCCGGCCGCGUGGCUGUCGCACACGGCGGCGCUGACGGGAACGUUCCCGCGCUACGGUACGAGCCCCUCCAUGAGCACCAUCACAUCUACCAGCUCCUCACUAACAAGCUCUAUUCCUGACGCAGAAAGCGAGCCAGCCGGCGAGCCAGCGAGCGAACUGGGCCCCCACCUGGCCCCCAGCGCAGGCUCACUGUUGUGGGGGGGCUCACGGGCCAGCCUCCGCACCGGCCUGCACCUGUGUGAGCGUGCACACCGGCCCGCGGGCUCGCUGUCCGCCCACGUGCACAACCUGCCUGCACUCAUGUUCACGGUCACCCAGUAG